GAAAUCCCACGAGGCCCCUCUCUCUAUUUUAAAAGGCCGCUCCGGAAAUCUUGCUUUCUCAGUUCACCCGACAGCAUAACAUCAAAGGCGAAACUCUAUUAAGCAACCAAAAUGUCUAGGGUUUUAAAAGGUUUCAGGGCGCUGUUAGCUUCCCCAGCGGCGGCAGGGUCUUCGUUAGCAGCAGCCAAGUUUUAUACUUCUGCUUCUGCUGCUGCUGGCGCUGCUGCGAAAUCCGCUGCUUCGAAAGUGGCUCAGAAAACUCCGAAAAAGUCAACCACUUCAAAACCCAAGACUGCAAAACCAGCUGCUCCUCGAACCAUGACUCGACCCUCUGGGAUUUUUAAAGUUACUCCUGUUUCUCCUGCUUUGGGUCGGUUCCUUGGAGCCGGACAGGCUUCCCGUACUGAAGCUGUUAAGCAGAUCUGGACCUAUAUCAAAUCCAACAACCUCCAGAAUCCCAACAACAAGAGGGAGAUCUUUUGUGAUGCAAAGCUUAAGACCAUUUUCGCUGGAAAAGAAAAGAUUGGUUUCCUGGAGAUUGGAAAAAUGUUAUCCCACCACUUUGUGAAGACUACCUGACC